AUGGAUAUGGUUGGGUUGCUCAAUAACAUAAACGAUAAAUCGGACAUGUUUGCUUUAAAAACAUGGACUUCCGAAUGGACAUAUAGUUUUCAAGAUAAUCAAUUGCUGUAUUCGUUCUGCGGCUGUUUAUUAGUAUCCCUUUUAGUAGUAUUUUUCUAUUACUAUAGACGAUGUCAAACCAAAGAGUUAUUAGGUUGUCCCGGAACAACGGCCUCCGGGGAACCAGCGAAGAGAUUCAGAAAACGAGACAAAAUGCUAUUCUAUGGUCGAAGGAUGCUGAGAAAGGUUAAAUCAAUCUCAAACUCUGGACAAGGUAGGAAGAGGCGUGCGGUGAUGAGGUUCGCCAGAAAGCUGCUACAGUUGAAGAAAGAAUCUGCCCCUGAGCAAUUAAAGGUCUUAGAACCGCCAGCGGAAUAUCUCGAAGAGGACCUAACAAGUGAUGAUCGUGUACCUCCAGACGCUCUAUACAUGUUACAUAGUAUAAGAGUGUUUGGACAUUUCGAAAAACCUGUCUUCCUCAUGCUCUGUAAACACACAGAGAUACUUAACUUGCCCGCUGGAUCAUUUCUUUUUAAAGUUGGCGAUACAGACGAAAAUGUAUACGUGGUGCAAACUGGACGGGUAAAUGUAUACAUAACCAACCCAGAUGGUACAAGUUUGUCCUUGAAAAUUGUACGCGCAGGCGAGAGUGUGACUUCACUUCUCAGCUUUACAGAUGUCUUGACGGGUCAUUCUCAACCAUAUAAAACGGUGAAUGCGAAGGCAUUAGAGGAUUCGCAAGUGAUAAAGCUCCCAAUGCGGGCCUUCCAAGAAGUGUUCAAAGAGUACCCUGAUAUAUUCGUUAGAGUAAUACAGAUUAUUAUGGUGCGUCUUCAGCGGGUCACUUUCACUGCGCUUCAUCAAUACCUAGGCUUAAGUGCUGAGUUAGUGAAUCCUGGUAAGGAGAACCGUCGUCCCACGACAAUGGCGUCGCCUUCCAGAAACGUUAAAGUAGUAGAUGCAAGUACUACAAUGCAUUCCCCUCACCACAGUGAGAGAACGUUUCCGUACCAUUUGGCAGAGUCAACGGUGCACUGCCUCCUCACCCAUACAUAUCCAAGGCAGGAACGGCCGGACAUGGUGCCUGCACGUCCACUUCCACGAACGCCACAGAACGCGUCACCAGGUGAUGGGGCCGUUAAGAAGGAAAAUAGAGGGGCGGGAGGCUUUCAGCGCGUUGUUUUGGGGGGAAGAGGCCGAAUCCCGUCUAGAGGCGGGUUGUUAGCGGGGACCUGUAGCGUUGGUCGCGGAUCCCGACGCGUACCAUUUAAUUGGAUUAAGAAAAAAGGACUUAGUGGAAAAGAGAUGUGGGUGAGGUCGUUGGAUGUGGGGUUGGUGGUUGGGGUUGGA